UGUUUGUCUUUAGCAGAAGAGAGACCCGACUCAGAGGAACCGGAGACGUCUGAACCAGCGAGACGACACCACUGUUCACAGUGUGGAAAGAGUUUUACCCAUUUAGGGAGCCUUAAAAACCACAAGAGAACACAUGCAGAGAAGAAGUCUUACAACUGCUCUCAGUGUGGAAAGAGUUUUAGCUGGUCUGGGCAACUGAAAGAACAUGAGAGAAUACACACAGGAGUGAAGCCUCACCAGUGCUCCCAGUGUGGAAAGAGAUUUUUCAAGUCAUCACAUCUGAACGAGCAUAAGAGAAUACACACAGGAGAAAAAACAUUCCAAUGCUCUCAGUGUGGAAGGACAUUUUCCCGAUCAGGGGACCUGAAAUCACAUGAAAGAAUACACACAGGGGAAAAGCCUUAUCACUGCUCUCAAUGCGGAAAGAGUUUUACCCGGUUAGGGAACCAAAAAAUGCAUGAGCGAAUACACACAGGAGUGAAGCCUUACCACUGCUCACAGUGUGAAAAGAGUUUUGCAAAGUUAGGGAACCUAAAAAUACAUAAUAGAAUACACACAGGAGAAAAACCAUUCCAAUGCUCUCAGUGUGGAAAGACAUUUUCACGAUCAGGGGACUUGAAAUCACAUGAAAGAAUACACACAGGGGAAAAGCCGUAUCACUGUUCCCAUUGUAAAAGUAGUUUUAGCUGGUCAGGGCAAUUGAACGAGCAUGAGAGAACACACACAGGAGUGAAGCCUUACCACUGCUCCCAGUGUGGAAAGAGUUUUAGAAGGUUGGGGUCCCUUAAAUCACAUAAGAUGUAUACACACACAGGAGAAAAGCCAUGUAACUUCUCCCAGAGUGAAAAAAACAAGUAUGUGUCAUUAGGGGACAUGAAAAAGCAUGAGAGAACACACUCUGUAGGGAAGUCUUUCCAAUGCUCUCAGUGUGGAAAGGGAUUUAUCCAGUCAUCGCAUCUGAAAGUGCAUAAGAGAAUACACACAAGAGAGAAGCCAUUCCAAUGCCUGCAGUGUGGAAAGAGUUAUACCCGUUUAGGGAACUUGAAAACGCAUGAGAUGACACACACAGGAGAGAAGCCAUUCCAAUGCCGUCAGUGUGGAAAGCGGUUUACCUGGUUAGGGAACCUGAGAAUGCAUAAGGUGACACAUAAAGUAGGAUAGCCUCACCUCUUUUCCUAGUGUGAAAAUGGUUUUGUUCAUUUAAAGGGCUUGAAAGAGCAUGAGAAAGUACAUACACAGGAGGAGAAGACAUACCACUGCUCUCAUUGCCCAAAUACAUUUUCAAAGGACCUGAAAUCACAUGAGAGGAAAGAGUUCUGACUUAUGUUUUUGAUGAAGAAUUUUUGUUUUUGGUUGUGACAUGAAAUCUAAUUGUAUAUAUAAAAUCAUACUCACAAUUUGGCCUACAUUUGUUUUUUGUUUUUAAUCUCCAGACAUGGUCAUGUGAUAGGGGCAGUAUUACUGUAUUUAUCCCCAAGGAUACAGUCAUGUGAAAAGGGCAGUAUUACUGUAUUCAUGGUCAUAUCUCAAAUCUGAUUUAAUCAAAUGAAAUGUGUAGUUGGUUUUGAUUAUAAACAUUGAUUGAAUGGAUACAAAUGUGGAUGUUAAUUUGAUGAUUUGGAUAUUUCAAAAUGUAGAUUAAUAUAAUUCAGAUUUCUUUAUUCUAACCUUAACCUCUUGAAUUUAGUUGUUGUUGUGUUUCAUUGACUUAAUUUGUGUACUAGUCAUCAAGGAAUAUGAAAAUGUGAUAAUGUUGUUCUGAUGAUGACAUUGGACAUUAAAAACAUUCAAUACCUCAUGAA